GCACCAUGUAACGUUGACGUGUAUUUCGUUGGUAGUCUGGAAAACUCCUAUUUCGCAUCAUCGACUUAUCAAAGCCGGUCAUCAUUUACCAGCAAUUUGAACAAUUUGACUGACAUUUUGUUAUUUUUAAGCGGUGGGCGACUUCGCAACAGUGGGCUACAAUGUCCGGAGAAAUUUCUAUGAUUGGUUCGGUGAUCCUGGCCCUGUUCCUGGCUGGCUACCUUGGCCAGCAGUACUUGCCACCUCCCAAACCAAAAGUAAUUGGACUGGAUCUGGGCACCACCUUUUGCUCUGUCGGUGUCUUCCAUCCGGGCAGCGGGGAGGUGGAGGUGAUAGCUGAUGAAGAGGGUAGGAAGAGCAUCCCCAGCGCCGUCUCAUUCACCACCACUGCGGUGCUGGCUGGACAUGAAGCUGUGGACCUGGCCGACAUCAACCCUCAAAACACCAUCUACGAUGCCAAGAGGUUCAUCGGGAAGAUAUUUGAGCCGGAGGUCCUGGAGCAGGAGAGUGCUCGAUACCCGUUUAAGGUGACUAACAACAAUGGAAGUGCAGAAUUUCUGAUCUUCACCAACCACACCUUCACUGUAAGCCCAGAGUUCAUCAGCUCCAGGCUGCUGCUGAAGAUGAAGAAGAUGGCCGAGCGACAGCUUGACGUUCCCAUCCAGAGAGCUGUCAUUUCGGUGCCCGCAGAGUUUGACGAGAGACAGAGGAACUACACUAUCAGGGCCGCCAACCUCGCUGGCCUGGAGAUCCUGCGUGUGAUAAAUGAGCCCACAGCUGCAGCCAUGGCCUACGGCCUGCACAAGGUGGAUGUGUUCAAUGUUCUCGUGGUCGACCUUGGGGGAGGAACCCUGGAUGUUUCUCUGCUCAACAAACAGGGAGGCAUGUUCCUCACCAGAGCCAUGGCAGGGAAUAACAAGCUGGGAGGUCAAGACUUUAGCCAGAGGUUGCUCCAGUACACCAUAGAGCGAGCCCAGCAGGAGUUUGGCGUCCAACCCACUCUCAAAGAGGACAUCCACCGUCUCCGACAAGCUGUUGAAGCCGCCAAGAUCAACCUCACGCUCCAACGCAGCGUCACCAUCAGGGUGCCCCUGCACCUUCACACCCACGACAGCUCGGCGUCACCUGAAGGCUCCGCUCCUGCUCCGGUUCUCUUCCAGGCUGUGAUCACGCGCGAGCUGUUUGAGGAGCUCAACAAGGACCUUUUCCAGAAGAUCCUGGCUCCCGUUGAGACGGUGUUAGCCGAGGGCCGCCUGGAGAAAGAGGAGGUGGACGAGAUCGUUCUGGUCGGAGGGUCCACCAGGAUACCGCGGAUCAGGAGGCUGAUCAGCGAGUUCUUUGGGAAGGAGCCCAACACAUCAGUAGACCCUGACCUGGCCGUGGUUACAGGUGUGGCCAUUCAGGCUGGCAUCAUGGGCGGCUCCUGGCCUUUACAAGUGAGCGCUAUCGAAAUCCCCAACAGACACUUGCGCAAGACGAACUUCAGCUAAUCGUUCAUCAAAGUUAUUUAUUAAGAUAAAAGAGAUGCCUCAAAGACUUCAUAAUUCAUGCUUGUCUUAUGUGCAUAAUUUAAAAUCUGCUGAACACUUUCCCCUGAAUGAAGACAUGCAAGAUACUCAGGUUUUUCAACUCAUCUUAUGCUUUCUCGUUUGUGAAAAGACAGCGUGGCAGAAAGAUAUGUGAUGUUUUGAAACAUAACAUUCCUCUUCGACAGAUAACAGCUGCAGAAGUGAACAGUCCCGUCUUUAAAGCGACAGCUGCUUUGUUGUGCACAAAGCUUCAGCAUAGAUCGAACCGUAAUACUGAUACAAUGUGAAUGAUUUGCCUCAUGCAUCUUCUGGUCCACGAUGCUUAUUCAUGGUAGAAACUGGUGUUCAAUUCAGGGAACAACAUUUCAAAAGACUUACAGACAUAGCAGUUCAUCUUCAGCUAUUUAUUUAUUCCCAUUAGUGUCAAAGCUUGACUCGCAGUGAGCGUGUGUUCAGAAAGCUGCUAUUUUGUUUGAAUUGAAGUGUAGAGGUGAACCGCUGUAAGCUAGUGAUUCCUGCAAUGUUUUGCUUCCUGAGGGAGACCUCAGUGUAGAGGUGUAGUUAUGCACAAUUGAUUUCAAACUAAUUUACUGCAUUGCAACACAAACUUCUCACCUCCGUAAAUGAGGUGUUCUGGUGUCUCCAGAUAAGGUGCAUGUUGGAGAAAGCCUUAACGUUAACACAGUACUGUUAAAUCAUUAGCACCACCUCUCUGUCAUGUUCAGUGCUGCACUUUGUGGACUUCCACUUGUUUUGUGCAAUAGUGCGUGCUUUAUUUAAGUGGCAGUGACCGGCACAUUUGUGCAUGCUGCUCAUCGGCCUGCUUUUGCUGCUGUAGGGUUAGAAGGUCGACUCUGGUAGUCCUGCAGAAGGACCCAAGCUUAGCUUAAUUGAGAAAUGUGUUACUCUCACAUUCAGGAUGUUUGAUGGACUGUUGCAUGGUUUGUGGGUGAUGGGACGCCUUAAAUUUCCGAUUUGUUUAAUAAUUUAGUGCAGGCUGGUUCCUGUAUAUCCAGUAUGGAAGAUGAUUUCUGCCUUUGGAAAACAUAACUCUGAAGUUUAGAUGGUCCAAUAUAACAAUUGUUCAAUUAAGAACUCAAGUUACCUACAUUCCUUAAAAAAACAAUGUAUUUGAGCUCUUCUCAAAUGUUGUAUUUCUCAUGUUGUAACUGAGAUGCCUUUACUAAAGAUGAAGCAUAUGAGGAUAUGCCUGUUUGCCCUUGAUACUGUACAACUCAUCUAUCGGUCCUUACUGAAAAUCGGGAGAAAAACAUUGUUAUGAGACAAGGAUCUAUUUUUAUAUGACUUGUUUUACUCAGUCUACAUGUUGACGAGGAAGUUUAACCCGUUAUGAGCUGAAUUUCAGCCAAUUAAAAUUAAAUUUCUCAACUUUA